GCCACUAACAACGAUUAUUCAUCCGAAUAGUCCAAGAUGUAUUCUCACAACGAGACUGUUAAUGCCGUUCUGCGGCUCUACCAGGAAAUUAUCCGCCACCCGUAUUUAAAUGAUAGCACACUUAGUCUACCCCCUCCAAACGGUUGGCGUUCUGUUAACAUCCAUGGAAAAACCAAACCCGUCCUUGAUCUACUCCGUCAUCUCCCAUAUCUCUGCUCAGAGAAGCCGUACGAGCAACUCCUUAUUUACUGGGAAACAAUUCCUAUAUGUUAUAUAGAUGAACAAAGCUACCCCGAAAUCUACCCCCUCCCGGCUCACUGUGUCUAUCUUGCCCAUAGCGUCGACAGAGAGGGCACGUCUUUGAUUCUCGACACUAACGAAGGUACCAUAACUGAGUUCUGUCACACUGGGUCCUACAUUACAGUCUCCGAAGAAGAAUACGAUGCGCUACCUGAGAGAGAUAAAUGGAAAGCCCAUCGCACGUCGCCUAUUAAGACCUUUUUAGACGCUUGGACGCGACGAUAUGAGAAAUUAGUAUGGAUGUUAGUACCAAAUCCAAUCGGUCAGCCAACCACGGGGAGGUUCUAUAGCCGCGGUGAUACGAGUGCCGAGCAAGAUAAACUAGCUUUCGAAGAGCAAUUGAAACCGUGGCAUCUUCAAGAUGACGCUAGCCACCCGGACGUUAGGAACGAGCUUGAUAAGUCCCAAUACGAAGCGCAGAGGGAUAUGAGAAAACAUGUAGCAGAUGUAUAUAAUACGUAUCUCCGCCACGGAUGGCCUGAUCGCUUCGACAAAGAUCGGUGUCGUAGCGAAUUGUUACAAUUGGAGAAGUCGAAAGACGCGGAAGACAAGCAAAAAAUGGACGAGAUGAAUCCAGAUGCGCAUCUUUUUGAUUGAGGGAUCAUACCUCGGGAAUCAGUACCUAAAGCUAAAGCUCAUUGCCUCAUUGCCUUAUUGCAGGAAGCAGAUAUGCACAGA